UUUUUGGUCUUUAUUUCAACGGCGGCGAAAUUUUUAUAUGAGCUUUGUAAUUUAGUUGUGCCCAUCAUUAUUGUUUGGAACUUGCGGGUGGGUGAAACGUUUACAUCUUCACAGGACUCACACAGGAAUAAUGCCGAAAGAAAAGAAGCACAAGAAAGAUAGCCAUGGAGAUCGACAUCGCAGUCAUAAGCAUAAAUCGAAACAUAAAUCCAAAUCAAAAAAGAAAUACCGCUCCUCCUCUUCAUCGUCAUCCUCAUCUUCCUCGUCAGAAGACGAGUCUAUGCCUAAAAACAUUCAACUCCUGAAAGCUUUGGAGGAGCGGCGCUUAAUGGAAGAACGUGAGAAGAAACGCAUGAAGGAGGAAAUGAAAGCAAAAGAAACUCCCGAACAGAAACGUGAACGACGUUUACGAGAAAAGGAAGCUAAGGAGUUGAGACGUAAACAACGCAUGGGCUGGGACAAUGAAUAUCAAACAUACACCGACCAGGACAAUCCUUUUGGUGAUUCAAAUCUGACAUCCACUUUUGUUUGGUAAAAGUUGCAGAAACAAGGUCUCAAAGAUGCUCCCCUGCAAACGGUUGAAGCCAUUAACCGGCAAAAGCAAAUGGAAAAUAAAAUUGAGCUGGAAAAAGUAAAGAAGCGACGCUUGGAAAGAGAAAGGGAAAGACAACAACGGGAGGAGGAAAUGAUCUUACAACAAAGAGAAAAGGAGGCAGCCCAAUUUCAUGAAUGGGAAAAGCAGGAAGAUCAAUUUCAUUUGGAACAAGCACGUUUGCGGAGCGAAAUACGUAUUCAAGACGGUCGGGCAAAGCCCAUUGAUCUGCUUGCUCAAUAUAUCAACGAUUCAAAAUUAGAAGAUGCCAUUGAGAUGCAAAUGCAUGAACCCUACUUCAUCCUCAAUGGAUUGAACAUAAAGGAUUUAGAAGAUCUCUUGGUCGACAUAAAAGUUUACAUUGAACUGGAAAAGGGCGAACACAUUGAUUUUUGGAAUGAUAUGACCAUCAUAGUUGAAGAUGAACUGCAUAAGCAAAGGAAACAAGCAGAGCAUGACGAGGCCGUGAGUUCGCGCAGGGAAGGAAUACACGAGAGUGUGGUUAAGGACGUCUCGGCCACGUUCCGCAACAAGACGAUAACCCAACUAGAUGAGUUAAGGGCCAAAAUUGAGAGCAAAAUCGAUUCCCGCACUGAAGGCGUUGAUAUAAGUUAUUGGGAAAAUAUUCUAUCUCAACUCAAAGCUCAUAUGGCCAGGGCAAGACUUAGGGAUCAUCAUCAAAAGAAAUUGAGAGAGAAACUGGACCUGCUGAAAACCACAUCGAUCAAAGAAGAAGCGAAAGAACUUAGUUCAACUGAGUCUCCCCGCAACACAGACGUCAGAGAUGAAGAAAAUGAGGAUACUGCGCCAGAACUUUUCGAAAGUGAUUGUUUCGCACUGUACGAUGAAGGUGGAUAUAGCCCUACGUACAUACCAUUUGAGUCGCAAGGAUCGCUUAAUGUUAUCGACGAAGAGGAAGAUGAAAUUAAUUUGAAAACAUUAAGACAACAGCUGCUGGAAAUAAACCAAGAGUCCAGCAUGACACAAGAGUUGGCAAAAAUGCGGCAGGAGGCGCGUAAGGGAAUGUCCAAUGAUGAAGUUGAGUUUUCUGUUGAAAUGCCAUGUGACAACUCAUUGGCCAUACAAUUGGCAACAGAUAAGUAUCGACCGCGUAAGCCUCGAUAUUUCAAUCGAGUACACACCGGAUUCGAAUGGAAUAAAUACAAUCAGACACAUUACGAUAUGGAUAAUCCGCCACCCAAAAUUGUACAAGGUUAUAAAUUCAAUAUAUUCUACCCCGAUUUGAUUGACAAAUCGAAAACUCCACAAUAUUUCCUCACACAAUGUGAAGAUAAUCCGGAUUUUGCAAUUUUGCGAUUUCGUGCCGGCCCACCUUACGAGGAUAUUGCCUUUAAAAUUGUCCACCGUGAGUGGGAGUUCAGCUAUAAACGUGGUUUUCGUUGCCAGUUUCAUAACAAUAUAUUUCAGUUGUGGUUCCAUUUCAAACGUUAUAGAUAUCGCAGAUAAGUUUACAAUUUUAACAACUUUAUUCAGUGUUUAUAUUUAAUUUAUUUGAAUGUAUAAAUGCAAAUAAAAUAUUUGUAAAUGUAA